AUGUCCUCCAGAGUCACUCGCUCAGCAGCGAGAGUUGCCGCAGAGUCUCCCCAGUCCACUAGUCACGGUCCGUCGCCCUCGAACCUCGCCGCUGGUUCGGGCCAGCCUCGUUCCCGCAAGCGUAAGGCCCAUACUCGCCUUGAUCAGUCUCUGGAUAUUCCAACACAACCGAAAUCUUCUUCGCCGCCCAGGAGACAAAAGCGACAGCGGCUCGGUGUUUCUCCCCAGACAGCUCCCGCUCCCGCUCCCGCUGUCACGCGUCGUGGUAAUAGGAAUCGGCCGGCAAUGUCACAACCAGGUCCGUCCUCACGACCUACGGAGGAAACUCCGAAGAUCCCGUCCCCUCCAACCAACCGACGAAAGUCUAGCAAGCAUGCCAAGGUCUCGCAAGGUCGACUUGCAACGACACAGUCUCCACCUCCACGUCGACACAAGAAGCGUUCGGGUAGAACCAAUCAGGAUACGAUUAUGAAAGACGCCGAAGAGGAAAUAGAGAGUCCAGAGCAGGAAGAAGAGGACGAAGAGGAUGAGGACAUGGAUGACCACGAGUCUUCGCCGCCCAGCGACAGCAACGAUGGCACGAAUCCUUCUGCUUUCGAUGACGAUGACGGAGACCCAUUCGGCAGCGCCAUUUUCGGUUCUCGCGGCCCUUUGGGACUUCAAAGUACGCUCCGUGCGCUCAGUGGUAUGAUGUCGGGGAUGACCUCGCGGCUGCGAGAAAUUCUCUGCAACUUACGAAUGAAAGAAGACCCCUCCAUCCAAUUGAUUGCCCUGCAGGAGCUAUCUGACCUCCUCCUUGUCUCCAACGAGGACAAUCUGGCCGGGGCCUUUGCUCCCGAUCCCUACGUCAAGGAACUCGUUGCACUGAUGCAACCUAGUGACUUUGGCGAGGAGAACCCGGAGAUCAUGCUGCUUGCCUGCCGCUGUCUGGCGAAUUUGAUGGAAGCCCUGCAGGGCUCAGUCGCCAAUGUGGUAUAUGGUGGUGCUGUGCCCAUCUUGUGUCAGAAAUUAUUGGAUAUUCAAUUCAUCGAUUUAGCUGAGCAAGCUCUUAGUACUCUCUCCAAGAUCUCAGUUGACUUUCCCGGCUCCAUCGUACGGGAAGGUGGUUUGACGGCUUGCUUGACCUACCUCGACUUCUUCCCAACUAGCACACAACGUACAGCUGUGACCACCGCCGCCAACUGUUGCCGAAAUCUUCCUACAGAUUCAUUCCCCGUCGUUCGUGAUGUGAUGCCAACGCUUCUCAAUGUUCUUUCAAGCAACGAUCCCAAGGUGGUUGAACAAGGAUGUCUCUGUGUGUCUCGAAUCGUGGAGAGCUUCAAGCAUAAGCCGGGAAAGUUAGAAGAACUCAUCGAGCCCGCCAUGCUCAAAGCUGUACUCCGUCUUUUGUUGCCCGGAACCACCAAUUUAAUUGGACCGCACAUCCAUACACAGUUCCUCCGGGUUCUCGCCAUCACCUGCAAGGCCAGCCCUCGUUUGUCUGCGGAGCUCCUCCGGAUGGACGUGGUCGACACGCUGUAUCAGAUCUUGACUGGCGUUUCACCCCCACAGUUAGACAAGUCGUCUGUGAAGAUGGACGGGGUUCUUGUCAUGCAGGCAUUGAUCCAUCGUCCUCGGGAACAAGUUUUUGAGACCCUCAAUGUCAUCUGCGAGCUUCUGCCCGGAGUACCGACCAGCCAAACAAGCGAGGAAGAUGGCGUGUUGAGCACAUAUUUUGAAACCAACAUGACUCUCGGCUCCCACUCACCCAAGACGAAGGAAUCGGCCAAGAAGCGGCGGUCCCUGUUGAUGGAAUGCAAAGCCCAACUCAAGCGUUUUGCUAUGAUUUUGCUUCCCACAUUGACUGACGCAUUUUCGAGCACGGUCAACCUGGGCGUCCGGCAGAAGGUUCUCGUUGCACAGCUCAAAAUGCUCCACAACUUGGACGUUGCGUUGAUCGAGGAGGCCCUAUGCACCGUUCCCUAUGCAUCAUUCCUCGGAGCGAUUCUGUCACAGAAGGAUCACCCGUCCUUGAUGUCGCUAGCACUGCGGUGUGCGGAACUCCUGUUCCAGCGAUUGGAGCAUGUCUAUCAAUAUCAGUUCCACCGCGAGGGUGUUAUUUCGGAAAUUGUCAAGUUAUCCGAGCAGUCCCUCUCAACCGAGCAAAAUAAGCAUGUGCAGGGAUCGCCGUCUACGAGCACGGUGGAUGAUGCUCGGUCGACAAGCGGAGAUGAAACCGCGGUCGAUAACCCCACGUCUGAUAUCGAGGGCCAAGAGGGCGAUGAAGACGAGGACGCUGAUGAUGACAACGACAAUGAUGACGAGGAUGACGAUCAGGAUGGUUACCCAGACGACGGUGACAUCUCCGUGUCAGACAGCCUGGCCUUCGACACUAGGUUUUCUGCGAAAAUCGAUACUAUGCUGCAAGAUCUCGUCAUCCGUGAUGCCCGGGCCUUUGUCGAAAUGUAUGAAGCCAGUGAAGGCAAAGACAUGCGGAACAAGGCUCUAGAGAUCCUCGAUCAGUUACAGGCCCUCGCUGCAGACAUCAAGUCCUGCUACAAGGACACUGCUGGGGACCGCAACGGUCUCCCACUCUUCAAGAAGCUUGCAUCUUAUUUCGACGGAGAUGCCCUGGAAAGUAUCACUAGCUCGGAAUUACUCAAUUCGGGCGUCAUUAAUGUCCUUCUAGACGUCUUUGGCGAUUUCCAAUCUUCGUCCACGCGCGAAGCUCGUACCGCUUUCCUGCAGGCGUUCAUGGGAACGGCCAUUUCAGAAAAGGCGCAAAGCCAAAGCACUGCUACGACGCCGUUUAGUGUGCUGAUCAAUAAGUUACAAGACUUGCUCAGCCGGACUGAGCAUUUUGAGGUCAUGACGGUCAACCAAAACUCGCUUGAGAAUUCGCGAAGCAACGCCAUCCACAUGCUCGGAAAGCAGAUUAGGCUCAAGCUCGUCGCUGAUGAGGAUUCUGACAUCCCCCGCACCUACAAGAACAUUAUGGUGUCCAUUCACGCCAUCGCUACCUUCAAAUCUCUCGAUGAUUUCCUUCACCCGAGAAUUAGCCUGGCAGAUCGACCGCGUGCCUCUAACAGCCGCGACACACUUUUGUCCCAGCUUGCUAAUGCUGCACGGCUUCGGGAGCAGCUCACUGGGAACAGUGAUAGGUCAAGCGGAAGUGGCAAUGAUUCUCGUUCCUCAUCCGCGGUGGCUCAUUCGUCAUCGCGGCCUAAUGAGCCCAGUGGUAAUGAUCCGUCUACUGAGGAACCUCAACGUGCAAAGCCCAGACGUUCCGGGCGACACCAGCAAGCCCAGGGCGAGGAAGAAGAAGAAGCACAACACGACGAGCCCCUUGAGUGUGCCGAUGCGAGACAAGUUAGUGACAGGGAAGAAGAUGAGGACGAGGAUGGCGACGGUGCUGAUGCACUGAGUGCCAUUGUCGAUGAUAUGGAUGAUGAUGAUGAGCCUGAAAAUCAUGGCCAUGAUCCAUCCGCUGUCAACAUGGAGGUGGCAUCCACAGGCAAGGUUACGGCUCGGAAAGAGGAUGGAACUCGUGUGUCGACUCCAUCUCAAUCCACGCCUGUGUCCAAGUCAUCGUCAUCUCGUCCUGCGCAGACGUCGUCUGGUAGCCAAUCGUUAGCCACGGCUGGUCGUCCAUCGUCUUACGCCGCUGCAAUUGCUUCCCCGUCCCAGGACUGGCACAUCGAGUUCAGUAUUGACGGAAAGCCGCUCUCAAACGAGACGACCAUCUACCGCGCUGUCCACCACGACCGUGAAAACGUGGAUGUUAGCUCAAGGAACGUUUGGUCAGCUAUUCACACGAUCAAGUUCAAGAGGGUGCCCGGACCACCACCUCCGGAGCCGACAACCGCUGCUUCGGGCUUGAUUGAAUCUAUCGUGGCAGACAGCGAAAUGCCCCGGUCGCUCAACAAGAAUCCCACGACAGCCUCGAUUCUCCGACUACUCGGGUCCUUGCAUGAAAUGAACGCCACGCUGGAUGAUAUUCUGGCUGAGAUCAAGGACAUUAUGGCAAUCAAACCGGAGCCAUUGGCACAGUUCAUCAACACAAAGCUCACGGCCAAGCUGAACCGGCAACUCGAGGAACCUUUGAUCGUGGCGAGCAGCUGCCUUCCCAGCUGGAGCGAAGAUCUAGCUCGUCUAUUCCCGUUCUUGUUCCCGUUUGAGACACGGCACCUCUUCCUUCAAUCAACAGCGUUUGGGUACUCGCGCGCGAUGUUGAGGUGGCAAAGCUCGCAUGGGGAUGACAAUCGUCAUGACCGGCCAGACGACCGGCCAUUCUUGGGCCGACUUCAGCGACAGAAGGUGCGGAUCUCGCGAUCUCGGAUUCUUGAGUCUGCUAUGAAGGUCAUGGAGCUGUACGGCUCCUCGUCUAGUAUUCUCGAGAUUGAGUACUUCGAGGAAGUGGGCACCGGAUUGGGUCCUACGUUGGAGUUCUACUCGACGAUUUCGAAGGAAUUUUCCAAGAAGAAGCUCAAGAUGUGGCGGGAGAAUGAUUGCAACCACGGCGAUGAAUAUGCCUUUGGUAAGCGUGGUUUGUUCCCUGCGCCUAUGAGCGAUGCGCAGUCAUCUCAAGAGUCCGGCAAGAAACAGCUACAGCUGUUCAAGAUACUCGGUAAAUUCGUUGCCCGCUCGAUGCUUGACUCUCGGAUUAUCGAUGUCUUCUUCAACCCGGCGUUCUUCCGAAUUGCGGACAGCUCAUCGUCGGUGACGCCAUCGCUUGGUACAGUGAAGGCUGUUGAUCACGAUCUUGCCAACUCUCUGAUGCUUUUGAAACGCUUUGCAAGCGCCAAGAAGGCUGUUGAGGAUAAGGGCCUGUCGGCCUCAGACAAGGCUCAAGCGCUACAGCAGGUCGAGGUUGAUAGUGUCAAGGUGGAUGACCUAGGCUUGGAUUUCACCCUGCCCGGUUACCCAUCCAUCGACUUGAUCAAGGACGGUUCCAACACUUCGGUGACGAUUGAAAAUGUUGAUCUCUAUGUGGAUCGGGUUGUCGACAUGACGCUGGGCUCCGGUGUCUGUCGCCAAGUGGAAGCCUUCCGGGCAGGAUUCUCGCAAGUAUUCGCCUACUCGUCGCUGAAGACCUUUACCCCGAGCGAGUUGGUGAUUCUGUUCGGUCAGUCGAAGGAGGACUGGUCUAUUGAGACUCUCAUGGACUCUAUUAAGGCGGAUCAUGGCUUCAACAUGGACAGCCGGAGUGUACGGAACCUGCUUCAAACGAUGAGCGAGUUCGACAUGCAGCAACGCCGGGACUUUUUGCAGUUUGUCACUGGAAGUCCAAAGCUUCCUAUUGGCGGCUUCAAGAGUUUGACACCGAUUUUCACGGUUGUCUGCCGUCCCAGCGAACAUCCGUACACGCCCGACGACUAUCUUCCCAGUGUUAUGACCUGUGUCAACUAUCUCAAGCUGCCCGAUUACAGCAGUCUGGAUGUCCUCCGGGAGCGACUUUCCGUCGCGAUCAAGGAAGGACAAGGCGCAUUCCAUCUUUCUUGA